AUGCUCUGGCUGAGUCUCCUGACUCUUCUGGUGCCAGGCCAGGUUCCUGUAAGGAGUUUGCCUUUCCACGCCCCAGAUCCUCCUACACCACGCCAUGCUGGGCCAUCUGAGGCUGACCAGGAGUUUGCAGAGGAGUAUCUACGGCACUUCUAUGGCUACCAGCCUAAGUCGGAGAGACAAAGGAGGAGUGUGGACUCAGGCGGAGAUGCUGAUUGGAGGACUGGACUCUGUGAUAAGCUCCAGAACAUGCAACGCUUCUUUGGGUUACCUCCAAGUGGACAGUUGACCCAAGAGACUGUGGCGGUCAUGAAGAAGCCACGCUGUGGUCUGUCAGAUGUGGAGCGAUUUGAAGACACAAUACGAUGGAGGAGGAGAACCCUCAGCUACAGGAUCUCUGGCUCCAACCUUCCCAUCUCUGCCUCCAAACUUCACAAAGUCUUCAGGGCAGCAUGGAAACUCUGGUCCAGCGUUGCACCGAUGAAAUUCCACAAGCGGAGGAGGAGAGAGGCUGACAUCGUCAUCUCUUUCCACAACGGCGAUCAUAAGGACGGCUCACCGUUUGAUGGCAAAGGAGGAAUCCUGGCUCAUGCCUUUCUGCCUGGGUCUGGAGUUGGAGGAGAUGUUCACUUUGAUGCUGAAGAAGCCUGGAGCUUUAAUUCUACUGGUUAUAACUUAUUUGCUGUGGCAGCCCAUGAGUUUGGCCACGCACUUGGCCUGCCCCACUCAUCCGACCCUGGAGCCAUCAUGUACCCCGCGUACAUCUUUGACCCCAGUUAUGAGCUGCGGCUCUCCUUCCGUGACGUCAAAGACAUCCAACGUCUGUAUGGUGUUAGCACCAAUUUUGCUUCACUGUUCUCAAAAAAUCCCCCUCCAAGAACGCCGGACAAAUGUGAUCCGGAUUUGUCAUUCGACGCUGUAACAGAAUUACAACAGGAGGUGCUGUUUUUCAAAGACAGAUUCAUGUGGCGCAAACAUCCUCAGUUUGAUGAAACUGGAAUCACUCUGAUAAACAGUCUGUGGCCAGACAGUGCUCCUCCCUCCCUGGAUGCUGCCUAUCAGAAUGUGCGAGAAAACCUGAUUGUGUUUUUUAAAGGACAUCAGUACUGGCUGCUGAGGCAGCAAGUCCUUGAGGAAGGUUUUCCCAGAAACAUCUCAGACCUGGGUUUUCCCUCCAGAGUAAAAUCUGUUGAUGCUGCUCUUCAUUUCAGAAAUGACUCCUACACUGUGUUCUUCACAGGCCGUGAGUGUUGGAAGUACAAUGAGCAGCAGAAGAUGAUGGAGGAGUCACCGGCUCUCAUAGAGCAGAUGUGGCCGGGGAUUCCAGCUCCAAUAGACGCUGCUGUCUUCUAUGAUGGAUUUGUGCACUUCUUCCAGGGAAACAUCCACUACAAAUAUGACUCCAACUCUAGACACGUCAUCUCCACCAGCGCCGCUAAUGAAGUGUUGGAGUGCAACAAGGAAGACAACGAAACACUGAGAGAGAGGAGAUAACUGAAGAAAAAAGAUUUUCUGCAAAUCACAAUGCACAUUACACAAAAAUGAGAAGUGAUGAAUACCAUAGGGAAGUGGUUGAAACAGAGGUGUAAUAAAAUGGUGCAAUAAUAGCAAUUGUGUUUAAAGUUGAUGUAAAAUAUAGUUGCCACAAAAUACCCCUGUGCUAUAGUCAGAUACGUCACAUAAUGCAAAAUGUAUUUUAUGAUAAUAGGUUUGCAUCAUUAUGACACAGUGACUAAUUAGUCACUAAAAAUGGGAACGAAAAUGUAAAAAACAAUGAAUUCCUUGUGAAUGUCUGUGUCGAAGGAUGUUGCUUAAGUUAAUUACCUGUCAUAACGUUACAACUAAAUCAUGUCCAAUAUUUGGUAACACAGACUACAGUGUAGCUUUCCACUAACAGUGAUGUGACGGGUGUAUGCAGUCAUGGAUUUUUACAGAUAUUUUGUCCAUGUCAACAUGUGAGACAUAAAAAAAAUAUGUAUUUUAUUUAACUGCAGAAAAUACAGUGACUCACAUUUAACUUGAAAUGUAGAAUAAUGGGGGGAUUUAAAGAUGACGGGGUGCGUCGUGUCUGUGCUUGUGCAUGUGACGUUGCCGCUUUGCCAGAGGCUACAACAACAGCGUGAUCACAACGUCAGACGAUUGAAGAUAAGACUAAAAAGAUGAAGGAAAAUCAUUUGCAAUAGUCAGGAAAAAAGAAUGUAUACGUCUGUUAAGAUAUGUAUACUUUUGCCACAAACAGCAAUAUAAUUUGCUACUAAUAGCAGUGAGUUUCUGGCAAAUGAUCCUUUAAAAAUUAAAUCUGCCCCCACCAUGAACUUUUUAAAUCGCUUUUAAAGACCCACCUCUUCUUCUUGGCUUAUUCAGGAUAGGAAUAGUCAACCCGGACACUUCUAGGUAGUUUUUACCAUUUUACUAUUCUAUUAUGUCACUAUUUUACUGUUUUACU